AUGCUUAACAAAUCAUUAGAUGAAAAUUGCAAUAACUGUAGAAAUUGAGGUAAAAGAAAUCAUCUAUUUCUAGAGAAAAAUAAACAUAAUAAGGGUUCGUAUAAAUUAGUUUUAAAGGAAUAUAUGAAAAAUAAUGUAAAGAAAUUGAAGGGAAAAAAUAAACAAUCAAAUGAAAUUUCAUUAAAUUAGGCUCUAUAUUAUAUAGACUUUAUGGAUUAUAACAAUGGUAUAUUCAACGGAAAACAUAAAAAAUUAAUUAAAAAUAUAGAUUAUUAUGUAAGGAGAAUUGGUGAUAUAAAUUUGAAAAAAUUAAAAUUUAGAAAAUACAGAUAUGUAGGUCCCUUAUUAUUGGGAAUACGAUUACUCAUAUUAUGAUAAUUCAGUUGUGGUAUAAGUUUGAUAAAUUUAAGUCUUUAAUAUGUAAAAAAUAUUUCUGGCCUAGAACAAUCACUAGUAAGCAUUUUUUAUAUAAUAUUAUUUUACACAGUUAUAUUUAUAACGAAUAAAAUACUUAUAAUAAUGAUUACUAAGAUCUUAAUAAAUAAUGAAUAAUAUAAAAAAAUUAAGUUGAUGACAGAGUAG